UCUUUUUUUUUUUAUUUUCGUUUUAAAAACCGAUCGAGAGAGAGUGAGAGGCGAGCGAGAAGAUCCCGACCAAAACCCGCGAAGGCAGCGAGAUCGAUCGGCGGCGGCGGCGGCGGGGAGAUCAUGCCGGAGAAGGCGGUGGACGACGUCAUGGACUCGGCGGUGGGGGCGCACUUCAGCGGACUCCGCCUCGAGGCGCUCCGCCUCUCCUCCCCCUCCGCCCCGUCCUCCCCUUCCUCCGCCAAGGCGGCCGCGGCGGCGGCCGCCCACUCCAACGGCGCCGUCUACGCCAACGGCGUCGCCGCCGACGCCGCGGAGCUUGUGUCGCCAUCCGCGCUCAGGCAGCCCUUCGUCAUCGGGGUUUCGGGUGGGACGGCGUCGGGGAAGACGACGGUGUGCGACAUGAUCAUCCAGCAGCUGCACGACCACCGUGUCGUGCUCGUCAACCAGGAUUCCUUCUACCGUGGGUUAACUGCUGAAGAAUCUGCACAUGCCCAAGAUUACAACUUUGAUCACCCUGAUGCAUUUGACACAGAGCAGCUUCUGGAAUGCAUGGGGCAGCUAAAACGGGCACAGCCUGUAAAUGUUCCUAUAUAUGAUUUUAAGAAUCACCGACGGUCCUCUGAAAGCUUUAGAAAGGUCAAUGCAUCAGAUGUCAUUAUAUUAGAGGGCAUUUUAGUCUUCCAUGAUCAAAGAGUUCGCAAUCUGAUGGACAUGAAAAUUUUUGUGGACACAGAUGCUGAUAUUAGGCUAGCUCGACGAAUAAGGCGUGAUACAGUUGAAAGAGGUAGAGAUGUUAGCUCGGUGCUUGAGCAGUAUGGCAGGUUUGUGAAGCCAGCAUUUGAUGAUUUUGUUCUCCCUUCGAAAAAAUAUGCCGACGUGAUCAUACCACGAGGAGGUGAUAAUCAUGUGGCAAUUGACCUGAUUGUUCAACAUAUUCGUACUAAGCUUGGUCAGCAUGACUUGUGCAAAAUCUAUCCACAUGUUUAUGUGGUUCAAACAACAUUCCAGAUCCGAGGAAUGCAUACUCUGAUUCGUGACAGGGACAUCACUACACCUGACUUUGUCUUUUAUUCAGAUCGGUUGAUCCGUUUGGUAGUUGAGCACGGACUGGGGCAUUUGCCAUUUACAGAAAAGCAGAUUAUUACUCCAACAGGGUCCAUUUAUAUGGGAGUUGAAUUUUGCAAGAAGCUCUGUGGAGUGUCUAUUGUCCGAAGUGGUGAAAGUAUGGAGAAUGCAUUGCGUGCUUGUUGUAAAGGAAUAAAAAUUGGCAAGAUUCUAAUACAUCGUGUUGGAGACAAUGGACAGCAAUUAUUAUUCACUUUGCCAUUGCAGCUUAUAUACCAUAAACUGCCCAUGGAUAUUGCUGAACGGCAUGUUCUUCUUUUGGAUCCAGUGCUUGGUACAGGUAACUCAGCAAAUCAAGCUAUUGAGCUUCUGAUAAGAAAAGGUGUUCCAGAGGAGCGAAUCAUAUUUCUCAAUCUUAUCUCGGCUCCUGAGGGAAUUCAGUGCGUCUGCAAGCGAUUUCCGAGGCUGAAGAUUGUAACCUCCGAGAUCGACACCGGGUUGAGCGAGGAAUACAGGGUAAUCCCAGGGUUGGGAGAGUACGGUGACCGCUACUUCGGCACAGAUAAUUGAUGCUUCCAUAGCAAUCGCUGGAGGUGUUGCUCCCUGGAGAAGGAUCAUGCAUCGGAAGCAACAUUUCAUACCAUGAUGAAACUAUGUGGAUGAGUCUUAGCUGUUGUAUUUGGCUGCAGUGCAGUACUACAUCGUUUGUCAAAUUGGUAUGCGAGGUAACAUGUCAGAGAAAUUGGUAUGAACCCGGGCGGCCGAAAGAAAAGUAUGGUGUACAUCUGUAGCUGUUGUUUAGCCUCCAAAAACCAGAACCAUGGCGUUAACGGAGGGCAAUGCAAAUUGUGUGCUAAUCGUGAUUGUUUGUUUUGAGCCCUUUUUUUUCGUUCAGAUGUGUACUGCAUGUCUGCAUUCCUUGCUGGGAAUGCAAGAAAUGAGAUCUGCCUGCAAGCGCAUUCUAAUAAGACUGUUCGAAUGUAACAGAACAACUAACAUGAUAAAUUAAAUAUUAGUUAAUUUUUUUUAAAA